GCAAAGCGAUAACUUGGCAAGGUCAGAUAUAGCCUGUUAUUUAAGCCUGGUUUAGGUCAAGGCUGGUUCCCAUUAUAAAUACACUGACUUCACCCCUGGAUCACCAUCACUCGGUCACCAUGUUCAAGUUGGUCUUCAUCGCUUUGAUCCUGGGCUACGCCCACGGCUGUGGCAAAUCUGCUUAUCCACCCAACAUUUCCCGUGUUGUCGGAGGUGAGGACGCCAGACCCCAUAGCUGGCCCUGGCAGGUCUCCCUCCAGUACGACAAGAACGGCGUCUGGGCUCACACAUGUGGAGGAACCCUGAUUGAGUCCAACUGGGUCUUGACAGCUGCUCAUUGCAUCAGCUCCAGUCGGACUUACCGCGUCCUUUUGGGCAAACAAAACCUGGAAGUAGAGGAGGCCGGCUCUGUGGCUGUUGCUGUGGAAAAGUUGAUCGUCCACGAGAAGUGGAACUCCUUCUUGGUCAUCAACGACAUUGCCCUCCUCAAACUGGCCGAGCAUGUGCAGUUCAGUGACACGAUCCAGGCCUCUUGCCUCCCUGCCGCAGAUGCCGUGCUAGCCCAGGAUUACCCCUGCUACAUCACUGGAUGGGGACGACUCUGGACCAAUGGCCCCAUCUCUGACAACCUUCAGCAGGCCUUGCUUCCUGUGGUAGAUCAUCAGACUUGCACCAAAUGGGACUGGUGGGGCUCCAUGGUCAAGACCACAAUGGUGUGCGCAGGAGGCGAUGGUGUCGUUUCAGGAUGCAAUGGGGAUUCUGGAGGACCCUUGAACUGCCAAAGUAGCAGCAGCUGGGAAGUUCAUGGCAUCGUGAGCUUUGGAUCAGGGCUGGGCUGCAACACCGCUAAGAAGCCGACCGUUUUCACCCGUGUAUCUGCUUACAUUGAUUGGAUUCAGCAGAAACUGAAUGAGAACUGAAGAGCCCACACUGUGACCUUGUGGAUCAAUAUGAGAAAAUC